AUGGUCUCAGCCAGAUACAUUCAAUUCAUUAAAAACAGCAAUGUAUUAUGGGAUAAUACGUUGACUCUUGAGGUUUACGGUCGACCUCCAAUGUGCAGUUUCAGUUUUGGCAUGGUAUCUGGGGAGCCAAGCACGAAUAACCCGACAGUGAAUGCCUCUAGUGGAACUAUACCUGAUAAGCGAAGCAAACUAAACAAUCCUGACUCAUGGUGCGCAACGACAUCUGAUACGAACCAGUUUUUUCAAUAUGACUUUGGCAUGGCAAAGGUGAUCAGUGGAUUUGCAAUACAAGGAGAUCCUGUAUUUGAGAAAUGGGUUGAAACUUUCAAAGUUCAAUUUGGGGAUGACGUGUCAUCCCUGUCGACCUACCAGGAAGCAGGGAGCGAUAAGAUUUUCACUGGUUGCAAAUCACGUGAUGGAAUUGUUUAUCAUUGGCUCUCAUCCAUUUUAAAAGUACAGUUCCUAAGAAUAGUUCCGUUGAGUUGGAAAACUGCGAUUUGUUUACGGAUGAAUGCCUAUGGUUGCCCAGAUUCAGAAUGCCGUGAUGUUAUUGGCAUUCAAUCUUCAAGCUCAAUUUCCGAUGCCUCGAUGACAUCGUCAACAUCUGCUAAUGGAAAUGGAGCCCACAAAGGGAGGUUUAACGUAGAAUCUGUUUGGGAAGCUUGCCAGUUCGGUUCAUGUUUCCCGAAAGAAUCAACUGGAGCCAAACCAUGGAUUCAAGCAUGUUUAACAACUGUACAGACAAUCAGUUCGAUUGUGAUUCAGGGUCAGGGCAAUGUUGAUAACUUGGCAAAAGCGACAGAAUUCUCGCUAAAGUAUUCUACCGUCGUUUCUGGUACAUUUUUCGGAUACAAGAACAGCAAUUUAUUACAGGUGCCGAUGGUCGUUACUCGUCAUCACAGAUAG